GUUUAAAUCUAAUCGGAUGACCUCAGAGUGAGGACAGAUCUCCCUCGUGACCUUCGUUUGUUUCGAAAGCCCAGAAAGAAAACGUUCUCCUUCCCAGUCGACUGACUCUCGUCUGGACGAAUAAAGAUUUGCAGUAUAAGUUUGAAGUUCAGUUUGUUUUGUCUUUGUGUGAGUGAUCGAAGGUGGUUUCUGUCAGUCUACCACAUUCACGACCGUCUCCCGAGAGAAAUUUCCUGAUUCGGUCCGUCGAAAUUGUGUCAACACUGAGGUUCCGUUCCUUAGUUUCGUGUUGAUAACGUCCAGUUAUGAAAGAUUCGAGUUCGCCCGAAUAAACGAUAAUUGGGCUCAUCGGACGGGCGUGUCUAUUUUUAGGGUUGGGAUGUAUUCCAAGGAUAUCGCCGUCAGCCUAGAUGUUCAAGACGGGAGGAUCUGCCCUCAAAUUUCACCUCAGUUGGACCGCGCAUCCCAGGACUCGAGGAUCGAAAGGGUCCAGUUCACGAUGGAAGGCACUGAACGAGGACCUCCUCCGACUUACGAAGAAGCCAUUAAUCCAGCCUCUGCACCUCCACCAACAUACGAUUCUGUAAUCAGGCGUGUACGUGAAGCUCAUAAAGAGUCAACAGGAACUAUUGAUUUUGCUAAAAAGGUGGCACUCCUCCUGGUUGGAACCCUCGGAUGUACAAUUGCUAUCGGUGUCACUAUUGUCAUUCCUUUGGCUAUGUUCAUUAUUGGAAGCAAUUAUUUGUAUGACUGUCCUGUCAACUCACAUAUUCCGUUAUAUUUAUUGAUUGGAGGCCUUAUUGGUCUGUUUAAGCCAGUCUUCCAUUUAUUUCACCGUUUCAAAUAUGGCCCACAACCAAGAGAUGAUGAAGCUUUUGCAAAAAAUUCUUCACUCCAAUCUCUUCUCAACUGUUCACUAAUGGCCUGGUUUAUUCUUGGAUCUUACUGGGUGUACAAGGAGUACCAGCCUAACUACGAGCGCAGCAGUGGGGAAAGAUAUUGUAAUAAAACAGUUUACCUUUUUGCUUUUUGGCAGAUAACUUUUGUUUAUAUAUUGCUAGGCAUUACUUCUCUUUGUCUGUGUUCGAUUAGCUUUUGCCUUGUAGCGUUUGCAAGACGACACAUCAGAGUUGCCACUCCAGAAAGAGAAUCCCCACCUAACGAAUAAGAUUUGUUGAAAAAUAUACAAAUGACUGAAAUGAAAUAAAUUAAAGCCUUGCUAAUCUAAUGGUGGGACCAGGAAUUGGUUGAUUUAAAAAAAUAAUAAAAUGGGUUAAAUGACAGACCUUUAUGCUA